AUGCACCGCAUUGAACCAAACGUUCGAACCUCGAUCAGCUGCAAGGCUUUGAGCCCCAACCCCGCUCUCCUCUCGUGUGUUCACUCGCGUCUCUGGGAUCAGGAAAUCCGCGAUGUCCUCUCCCUCGCGGGAAUGGUCGCAUCUGCACAAAUUGACCAUUUAGAUCGUCGUGCAUAUGCAUCGGACGCUGACCUGUUAUUAGAUCACGCCAAACCUCAGACCGACCAAGCGGUUCUCUCGCACGCAGGAUCGCAUCGGUCAUUGGCCGAUGCCACUGUGGACUCCAUCAAUUUCUAUACCUUGGCGUCAUAUGUAAUCCCUGUCGAAGGGGCAAGUCCUGCAAGCCCUGCCUUCGCUUGCGACCGCUCCGGCCUGCAAACAGCGCAUCUUGUGACAGCGCGCACCAAGAGCAACCCGCACCUGCACGUCCACAAUACGCAGACAACCCCAUGCAACUAUCACGACAUGAGUCGCGCUGGGCAGAUUGGCGGUUCGCUGGGAGGGGGCGAGAAGAGCGCCUUGGGCGUGGUCGGUUGUUGUCUUCGUCCGUGCCACAAUUUUGGAUUGGUGAACGCGGCGUCCCAUACCAGAGUAUUGGAAUCGGAGUGCCAGCCUAGUUGGAAGCUUGCCCUGAGGCGCCCGGGGAGUAGUAGAGAAGCCGAGGAGCCUCCGUCUUGCGUGCCGUCUGACACUACUUCUCAGAAAAGGCAGUGCCAUAUGGUUGUUCAUGCGAUCUAUUGGAAGACGGAACGCCGUAGAUUUAUGCCCACCAGCGUCGUGGAACGCUGCCGACGGGUCUAG